CUGAGGAGGAUGACAGAGAGACGAGAGAGGAUGAUUAAUACAGGGCUGUGAUGCUGAUGGUGAUAGUGAUAUGAUGACUCUGUUGCUAAGGGCAAAGAAAAAAAUGGACGUGGAAAGAAAGAGGAAAUUUGGAGCACAACCUCUUGAGAAAAGGCAAAUAAACCCAGGCAGUCUCUGAGGUAGGAGGUUUUACGAUGGGAAAGUAAGACAGAUGGAGAGAAUGGAUAUUGUUUGGAGGAGAACAGAGAGUGGAUAGAGGAGGGAGAGCGAACGCUGCUGUCCUAUCAGGAGCAGUUGCCUCAUCAGCUGCAUCCAAUGGCAUCAGAGCAGGCUGAUUCAGUGCAGGGAAGCUGCUCUGCUGCUGUUAUUAAUGAAUGGAGCGUCUCUCUGCUAACAUCACACCACUCCUCAUCCCUCUCUCUCUUCUCUCCAUCUCUCUGCAGAGGUGAAAACAACCUCAGAGGCUUCACUACCUUUGGUAACAAGCAAACAUCUCUGACGUAAAAUGAAGAAGCAGCAGCAAGAAGAUGAGAGCGCUGAUGGCACUCCAUCCUGUACAGCUCCACCAUCUUCCUCCUCCUCAUCUGCCCUGGUUCCACCGCCAACCCGGAGAUCCAUCUCUAUGGGUGACUUCCGUCGCGCCCAACCUGGUUCUGAGACUCCGUCUGCCCCCGCCACAGCACCGUCCUCCAAACUGGUGACUCCAAGCUCGAGCAUGGAGUUUGAGGCGGCUCGACGGCGCCUGCUGGAGGUCGAGGAACGGCGGCGUGUCAUCCAGGAAAUGGAGCGCCGUCUGGAAGAGCUGCACGAGGUGUUCGUUCGCUCGGAGCGUGAAGCAGCUGAGCAUGGUGAGCUGGUGGCACGAGUGGCAGCCACUGCUCAGCAGAGUGAGCUUUAUGUUUCGGAAAACUCUCAGCGGCUGAAGAAGGGGCUGCGCUUCAAAAGGCAUCGGCCCACCAUCAUCUUCUCGUCCAUGCUGGGUCUCAGGACAUGUCUUCCAUGGCCCGUCAAACUCAAAUAGCAGUGGACGAGAAGAACUCUCUCCAGUCUCAUCUACGGGAAAUUGUUUCAAAAAGCCAUAAACAUUUAGGUUUCGUUCUUCAUGUGCUAUCUCGUCUGAGGACAGGGAUGAGAACGCUCAUGAGUCCUGCUGCUUUAAUGUGAGACGCCGAAGCUUUGCUGCCGUGUGAGACACCACACUACUGCUCAGAGAUCUGUGUGUAUGUAUGUGUGGGAGAUGCUUCACUGUCUUUGUGUGUGUUUUUUUUUUAUAUAUGUCUUUGUUACUGAACAGAGAGAAACUCAGAGGUGCUGUGAAACUGCAUGGGGAAUUGAGGUUAUAUGAUAUUACGAUGGACAGAGAGCUCUCAAAACUCCAAAGUCUCUCUUUUUCUAUAAGAAACACUUUGCCUACAGCCUGGAAUGGUGUAGAGCUGACGUCAGACCUGCGUCCUCAAGUCAUGUUGUACAUCAUUUGUGGCGGUUGUUAUGGAUGCUGCACUUCUCUCUUGGGUGCAGAACCUGGACACAGGGGAAGGAGCUCUCGUCACCUCACGUGUGGCCUCCUGUACUGUCUCUGCUGCCUAGAAACUCUUCUACUUUCUGUUCACUUCAGAAUGUAUGGUAAUCCCAACAGAACCUCCAGCCUAACAUCGACUAAUAGUCAGUCAUGUUGCUGCUUUAUAUUAGGCUGGGUUUCUAGAAGGUUCUACUUUUAGUUAUUAACACAAGGACCUAUGAACAGUUUAUAUAUCAUGUGCUUCUUUUUUUUUUUUCGUCCGUAAGGGCAUGUUUAGGGUUUAAACGUUCAGGUAUAAGAUGAAAACACAGGUGCAUAAGAUCAUAAGUGGUUUCUGGGUGUGUUUUCGGGUGUACUCAUAUGUUGGCCGGUUCAACAGGGUCGAUAUGAACUCACUCUAAGCACCAACGCUGCAUUUCUAACUAUAUCUGGUGUCUUCUGAACAUUGUCUUUCAUUACGAUCAAAAUCAGCAAGCUGUUAGAGCCAGUCCUAUACGCUUUUUUCUUUUUUUUUUUUGGUCAGAACGUGAUCUCUUUGUGUCUGUGUGCACGUUUCCUUGUGUACUUGUGAGGGGAAGAAACUGUUUAUGUUCUGUUCAGCUCAGGAGAAAGUCACCAGGGACUUCCAUUCUUGGCAAGUGCAGGUUAGGACAGGAAGGUUCUGUAGUUCAGAGAGAGAGAGAGAGAGAGAAAGAGACAAAGAACAUACUAAUUUCACUGUUUAGUGAGCAGAAUAAGCUUUCUGGGAGUUGAAUUUGUGUGGUUGUUACAUUGUGAGAUGAUCUACUCUCCUCCAUGUGAGUCUCCUUUGUGCAGAAAUCCACUUGUGCCUGUGUAAAUAGAUAAAUGCUUCCUGGAUUAUCCUCAGCUUCAAGACACUAACCGUGCACUUUGAUUAGUAAAACCGCUUAAUAACGAGCAUGCACGCACAACUGCGUUACAGAUGCAAGAAUGUUAGAUGUAAAACACGUGACUUUAGUUUUACUCAGCAGGAAGCUCUUAUAACGCUUAUAUUUCUCCCUCACGUUUGCAUGAACUGGGUUAGCGCGCGCACACACAGGAACACCACGAUAUAUUCUGUUUUCGGGAUUGUGAAAGUAUUUCAAUUAAAAUAACGUUACUUUGUUAUAAGAACAGCUACUACAAUAAGCAAAUCUAACCAAAACGCUGCAUUUAAGCAAAGAGCAGCCAGCUGAAAGCAUUUCCAGAACCUUCCGCUUCAAACUCACAACACAGCGCGCGCGCACGCGCUUGACCCCGCCUCCAUUGUCUCUGCGCGCUCACGCAUGCGCAGUACCGAGCCCGCGUUGCUGCAGCGCUGUUCUUACGUCACUCCGGUUGAUUGUUGAAGUGCUGAGGCUCAGCGCCAUGUUGGAUUUUACAUCAAUUACACUCAAAUAUCCGUGGUUUUAAACACGUUAGAUGAAUUAUACGUACAUUAAAACACUUUUACACUCAAAUAAUUAUAUCCACAUAUACUUUUUUUUUUAAUUAAUCCCAAAAUUAUUACAAACACAUUCUGCGGACAUGAUGAAAAGUAGGCCUAGCAUUUAACACUGUUUUAACACUUAGUCACAAAUAUUAAUAACAAUAGUUAACUGGCACUGGACAUUGAAAGCUGUGUAUAGAACUUAUAUAAAGGCUUUUGUCCCCAUCAUUGUGCUCAGCGCUUAAAGCCCUUUAGAGCAUGUUAGCUCAGCUUUUUCACGCUUGUUCAUUUCUCAACAAAGGGCUACUUAUCACCCCAAAAAAUAGUAAUACCAACAUCUUCUCAGUUACGUGCAAGUACAUGAUUAAAUAGGUUAAUUCAUGUCAUGCUACUCCGUAACUAGCAGAACACGAAUCUCCCUCAUUUGUAGAAGUUUAAGAUGAACUGCACACCUGCAUCUCUGUAAUAUACACUAUAUGGCCAAAGGUUUGAGGACACCUGACCAUCGCACCCCCUAUGUACAUUCUUCCCACAUAUAUUGGAAGCACACAGUUGUCUACAAUGUCUUUGUAUGCUGUAUAUAGCAUUACAGUUUCCCUUCCAUGAAACUAAGAGGCCCAAACCUGUUCCAGCAUGACAAUGUCUCUGUGAGGUCCAUGAAGACAUGGUGUGUGAAGGUUGAAGUAGAAGAACUCAAGUGUCCUGCACAGAUCCCUGACCUCAACCCCACUGAACACCUUUGGGAUGAACUGGAACACCGACUGCACCCCAGACCUCCUCACCCAACAUCAGUGCCUGACCUCACUAAUGCUCUUGUAGCUGAAUGAACACAAAUCCCCACAGCCACGCCCCAAAAUCUAGUGGAAAGCCUUCCCAGAAGAGUGGAGCUUAUUAUAACAGCAAAAGGGGACUAAAUCUGGAAUGGGAUGUUCAACCUGCACAUGUGGGUGUGGUGGUUAGGUGUCCAUAUACAUUUGGGCAUAUAGUGUACAACUACUUACCAAGUGAACAUUUUCUUAACAUUCAUGUGAAAUAUGAUAUCAUCAGCUUUCGAACAAACUUGAAGCAUAGACGGCAUAAAAAGCCACUCAGCUCAGAGACGCAAGCUGCUCAAUAAAUUUAUGAACCACAGACUACAGUAAUAGCCUACGAUGGAGGCUACAGUGGUGUGGGAAAAUGCGAUAGUUUGGCUAAUUUUGAUAAAUAGCUUUUUUGAUCUAAAAGACUCAGAGACUACCCAUAUCUAUGCAUUAUUACUCGAUAUACUAAAAAAAAAAAAGAGCCCUCAAGUAGUGUAAUUUCACAUUGUUGUACAUGUACACACACAGAAAAGAAGAUUUGUACCCUGUACAAAUCAAGGGUACAAACACAUCACUGGGCUCCUACCCUCAGGGGUACAUAUUUUGUACUAUUAGUAUUGGGAAAAUGAAUGUAGUGUACCUCUAAGGCAAAUGUAUGGUACAUAUUUGGACUUUUGAGGGGACAUUUAUAUAGUUUGUAUAUUAGCAAACAAAAAUGUACCAAUAUUAUCUAUUUUUAUGACAGUGUACGGAUGUUAAAAUCACAAAACCUGGUCCAUUUUGUGCAUAACAGUCUGCGUAAUUUCUUCAAGGUCAUUUGUUUUAUUUCAAAAUCUCAAAAAAUAGACCCACAGAUAUUCAUAGAACAAAAACUCUCUCAGAAACAUAGCAUUCUUGAACUUAUUUAUUAACUCCUACAUUGAACACAGGGAGUCAAAUAUUUCCCCACCACUGUAUCUCUGUAUCUGUGUCUACAUGUGUAUAAUGCCAGUUAUUCGUCCAAUGCCUUACUCAGUCUGUAUAGUCUGUAUAUAAACGUUUAAAUGUGUAGACGAAGCUUCAGCUUUGCCUCUUGUCUUUUUUGCACUGCACCUCCAUUGAGUUCUGCUGUGAAGGAGAACACAAUGUUUUUCCCAAAGACCUCAGUGAGUGGGCCCACUCUGCAGCAUGAAUGUACCGUACGUCCUAAAGUCCUAAACCUCUGUGUCAUUCUGUCGAUUUUCUGAAUACUUCUGUUGUUUUAGUGAUGUAGGAAGCCUGACACCAGAACCCCCAAACCCCAGAUCAGCAGCAAUCCCUACUCUUACUCUUACUAAAUAUGCUUCAUUAAUUACUCAAGUAACAUUUUUACAAUUUGCUCAGAUUUAUAAUCUGGUUUAUUAUCUUCUUUAUAUGCUUGCUUCCAGGCUUUCUGCAUGAAUGUACCUUUGUUUAGGGUUAUGCAUUGUAAAACUGCUCUCAUGUGCUUUUUUAUUUAACUGAUUGUAUUUAAAGCACAUUAUAUGCUUUAAUAUGUAAUUAUAUUCUAUAGUCAGGCCUUUUCUUUAUUCUUAACACAUUGCAUAUGAUUACAAUAAUGUAGGACCUUGCUGCUUAUGUACGAUCCUGAGAAAUAAUAAACACAGAUAUAUUUCAUGGCAGUAUAUAAACCAUGGUGUGUGCAGAAAUAUGUCUAUGCUUUUCCUGUUCAACGUUGUACACUGCUUAAAUAUGGCAAAUACAAGAAUCAUAUUGAUUAAUGCUGACUGAGAAUCGUGACUGUGGAAGGACUGACCUUUGUGAUGGCACUGAAUUUAACCGCAGGGAAGACCAUCAGCAGAAUUUGAUAGGUCAGAUGAUGAAGCAGAAGUGCUCCAGAUGUGUUCUGCUAUAUUUAGAGCUGACCUUUGUUCGUUUUCUAUCCUGGGCAAUCUGAUAAAAAUGAAUGAAUGAAAACAUGAACAAAAAUGCAAAUCCAUGAUUUUGUGAGGUGCAAUGAGGCUUCAGCUGAAUUAAAUGCAAGCUCAGUACUUUAACUCACUUUUAACAACUAAUUCAGUUCAUAACAGUAAGUUUGAUAAAUAAGGAACAAAACAUGACUGGCUGUGCUGUUGCUGGGGAAUACGAAUGACAGGGUGGUGUGAUGCAGCCUGAUGAGAAGCUGGGGGCUGGUAUCACCCCAAAGUUGAUUAUUUUCCUAUAACAGCACAUCCUGCAAUGUUUUUAUUCCUCUUAUGUCGCAGCGAUUUGCCAACAAUUACAUGUUUUUAUUUAUUAAAGAAUGACACGGUGUGCAUUUUAACUGUUUAUAAGUUACAUUUAAUGCUGUGGAACAUCCGCAAGAAAAGUUAGUUCCUGUUAUCGCUUACAUUACAACAGCUAUAAACAGUCAUUCCCUCGCCAGCUUCUCUUUGGAGUUAAUAAAACAACAGAAAAAAGGUGAAUGUAAUCUGCUCACUGUUCACAUGGGUCGACGAGAG